AGCCCUGCCGUGAUUGCCAUGAUGAUAUAGAAUAAUAUUAUAAUAAAAUCAAUAAAAGAAUAACAAUUAGAGAAGGAAGUGAACAAACAGUGUAUAAAAAUGUCUAGUGAUAAUAAUAACAUGGAUCUGGGAAAAGUGUCCUUUGAAAGUGCUAUCAAUGAAGCAGGGUUUGGUCUCUACAGUUACUUGCUGACAUCAUUAACGGGGUUGUGUAUAAUCUCGUAUGCAUGUGUCGUGUAUGGCGGGACGUUCAUAGUGCCGGCGUCAGCAUGCGAGCUUGGAACCACUACAUCCCAGCAAGGGAUCCUGGUCGCUGGACCAGUUCUAGGUACAAUAAUAGGAGCAGCGUUCUGGGGCUACUUGGCCGACAAGAGGGGAAGAAAAAGCAUGUUGCUCGUAUCGCUGGCAGGCGGAUUGGUUAUGAUCCUGCUGGCCAGCAUUAGCGUUAACUGGAUCAUGUUGAUGGUGUUACAGUUCAUUGCCUCGUUAUUUGCAUCUGGGCAGUACAGUCUCCCUAUGGCAAUACUCAGUGAAAGCGUACCGAUGGCGAAACGAAACUUUGUAGUGCUUCUCGUCACCAGUAUUUUCUUACUAGCUCAAGGUCUUAUGGCACUGGUGGCCAUUCCCAUAAUUCCUCUGCCAUUUUCCUACCACGUACCUGGUUUGGGUAUUCAAUGGAACUCUUGGCGGACGCUAAUGGUGGUCUUUACCUCGCCCAGUAUAAUCUGCUUCAUCUGGCUGCUCUUCAUGCAGGAGAGCCCCAAGUUCGUUUUCUCCAAGGGCAACGAAGAAGGCGCUCUCAACAUUUUAAGAUUUAUACAUAAAAUGAACAAUAGAAAGGGUCAAGAGGAGCUCCCGGUAAAGGGACUUUUGCAACUAACAUCGGACGCACCGGAACAGAAAGGUGCAAUGAAAGAGUUGUUCAAAGCUCCUCUUCUCAAAUAUUUCAUCAUCAUGACAACACUUUCAAUGUUUUUGCAGGUUGGAUCGUUUGUCGUUUGGUUACCGACUAUAGCAAAUCAGUUCGUGGAGAUUCUUCGUACUGGGGAAGGUUACGAAUCCAACCUAUGUGCCAUCAUUAUUAUGGGAGAACAAGCACCUCCUAAUGAAGACGUGGCGCCAUGCUCUCUGAAUAUGAUAUCUUUAUUAAUUGUGUUCGGCGUCGGGUCUCUACAUUCAAUCGUCAAUAUAAUAAUCAGUUUGUUUGUAGACCGCGCCGGCCGCCGUAAUAUGGCGAUGGGAGUCGCGGCUUUUACUGGACUCUGUGGCAUCAUCACCAACCUGAUACCGAAUGCAAUCGGUAGUGCAGCGGUCUUCGUCAUGUUCACAACGGGUUUGUUACUGGUGGGACUGUACACAGCUAUGUCUAUUGCUUUGUUCCCUACACAUCUAAGGGCUUUAGCAAUCUCAUUAACGAUGACCGGAGGUCGUAUGAUGGUGUUUGUUGUGAUACAGAUUCUUAAUCUUCUUCUAAAUUCCAACUGCGAACUUGGUUUUUACCUAUUUGCCACCUUAGUUGCAUCAUCGGCAAUCGUAGCAGCAUUUCUUCCAGAUGACCGCAAAUUGAUCACGGCAACGACAGUAGCAAGAAAAAGCGACACACUAACAGAAGAAAUGGAAACCGAAAACGAGAAAUACACUGCAUUAUAGCAUCAAUUCCACUAUAACAAUGGGAUGUUAUAUUGUAAUUAAAACGGGCUGGACACGUGAACUGUCUCUAUGAUUAUUUAUUUAUACGUUCUUUACUCGUCCUUCACCUUAUUAUAACUUCGACGAUGGCGGUCGAUUUUAUACAGUAUUUUUUGCAAUUAAUAAUUUCCAAAAAUAGUACAAAAUAAAUACCUACAACAAAACUGG